AUGUUCGCUUACUCCCUAUUAGCUCUCGGCCUUGCUGCCGUAGCCUCAGCUCGACCUUACCCCACACACCAGAGUUGCAAGGAACUCACGAUACCUGUCACUGUCAGCGUGCCGCGCUUCAUCUUGAACGCGACAGUCAACGACAACUGGGAUGCAGUCGCCUUGACGCUAAACCUCACCAGGAGGGACUUCGGUAACCUCACCGACCCGUUACCUAUCCUUGGCAAGACCGAAACGCCGGUAGAAAGCACAUUCAAGCUCGGCGCUACACUUUGCGGAACAGGUAGCUCGCUAUUGAUCCCUACUCAUGGUAUUAUCGAGUCUAAGCUAUACUGGAACCCAAACUUUGAGAACUCUGAGCAGUACAACUUCGUCCAAGCCGCUGUCGCUGCUGGAUACUCUGUUCUCAACUACGACCGUAUCGGGGUGGGCUCAUCUUCCAAGGUCGACGCACUAUCGGAUGCUCAAUUCCAGGUAGAAGCCGCUGUGCUAGACUCGCUCGUAGACUAUGCGCGAAACACCGUAAACGCCACCAAAGUCGCACUGGUCGGUCAUAGUUAUGGCUCUUACAUAAGUGUCGCGUCCGCGGCUAGCAAGACGACCGCCGUCGAUGCCGUCGUGCUCACCGGUUUCGCGGGAAAUUUCACUUACUUCGCUCCCUUCCUUGCUGGAUCUAGCUUCCGUAUCGCGCGACUAUCCAACCCCGUUCGCUGGGGUUCCCUAGAUCCGGGUUACCUGACUUCUGCCGACUUGUUCUCCGAGACGUACGUGUACUUCGGUGAGGCGCAUGACUUCGAGCGCCGUGUCGCCGAAUGGUCGCACUACGAAGGCAGUGAGCCGUUCGCUGUCGGUGAACUUCCAUCCCUUAUCGCAAGCAGCCCUCUUGACUUUGGAGCGAUCACUGCACCUGUGCUUGUCCUACAGGGCCAAUUUGACCUUUCGGCUUGUGGCGGUAACUGCGUCGGAUUGCUAGAUCCCUUAAAGAGCGAGUUCGCGGGCGCUAAAGUCGUCGAGACCGUCGAUAAUCUACCAUCUGGUCACAACCUCAACCUGCAUAAGGUCGCUCCACAGGCGUUCAGCACGGUUUUUGAUUUCCUGAAGCGCCAGGGAGUGUAAAAGGACGCGAUACUAGCAUUUACACGAUAUGACUUUAUAUAAUAAUUAUUUUUAACCUCAUGUUCUGUUCGUUAAGAUACCAUUAAUAGAUAGAAUUAAUAAAUCGUUAUAUGAAUUGGCAGUGGUGCCACUACAAA